UGUUGCCUCUCAACAGAUGACGCGUUGAGACAGGAAAUUUUGGAAAUCUAAUUGCAAAAAAUAAGUUAUAUGACAUUAGUUUGAAAUCAACGUAUGCAUUGAAGAUGAGUGACGGGGAAAAAAUAAGUGAACCAAAUGGAAUACAGUCUGCAGAAGUUCUGGAAUGGAAAAAAACCUUGAGAGAAAAAAGUCCAUCUCCAGUCCGAAAUGUUAAUAGGUCUAGGAGUCCUUCACCUGCACAAUCAAGUGCUAGAAAGAGAACUCCUAGAAAAGAGGUGUUUUCUGGCACAGUUCCAUCUUCUCCAGGUGUCCUUAUGAUGGAUGCACCAAAACCUACUUUAUCAAAAGGACCAAAGAUGUCACAGACUACUAAACUUUCAAACACUCGAAAAUCUGAUAAUAUGAGAAGAAGUACUGGCAGCAUGGCAGCUGCCUUUUCUAAUACGAAAGGAUCAUCAAAGAAUGGUACAUCUGAUGGUAUAGAGGCAGAAUAUAUAAAGAAUCUUCAGCAACAAAUUUAUUUCCUAGAACUAGAGACCAAUUAUCUGCGUGAGCAAGCAAAGAAAGCUACUGACAUGCAUCCAAAGAUGUCUGCAGAGGCCGAGAGAAUGUUGGCAAAAUUAAGGACAAUGCAGGCAGAAAUGGACGGACUACAGGUAGAGAGUAAACGCAAGGAAAGUAGCAUUAGCAUAAUUUCUAGAGAAAAAGCUCAUAUGGCUGAAAGACUGCGGGAGGAGGAAGAGGCGCGAGUGCAGGACAAGAGAUUGUUGAUGGAUGAGGUGAUAGAUCUGAAGAAAACCAUCGCCAAAAACGAGAGUGAGAUCUCGUACAAGGACAGUCAAUUGAUGGAUGCUCGAAAUGAACUUGAAAAAAGUGCUACAGCCUUAAAAAAUGCUGAAACUAAAAUAAUAUCAUUAAAAAGUCAGUUAGAACAAAGAAUUGAGCAGCAUAAAAUGACUCAGAUCAGCUUGGAUGAGAAAAGGUCGGACCUUCUCAGUGUUGAAACACAGCUCAAAUCGACUGAAGAGAAAUACUACAAUAGUACUGUAAAUCUACAAGAUAAAGUUGUUAAUGACCUUAGGGAAGAAAUUCGAGAUCUGAGAAUAAAACUGAAAGAAGCGGAAAUGUCAGCAGAGCAAGAGCGCCACCUACGAAGUAAAAUGUCCGAUGAUAGUUCUACUAUUGUCAGGGAGAACUCUGUUCUCCAUCAACAAGUUGUAGAGAUGACUAAACAACUAGAGAGAGAGAAGAAUCUACGAGAUGAAAUAGAGUCACGUCAUCAACAGACCAUCUCUGAAAUAGUUCAGAGUAAAGAAAGGGAAAAGGAGCUGAGAUUUGAACUUGAAUAUUCUAAAGAGAGUAUGACUAAAGAACAUGAUAGACUUAAACAAUAUCAAGAAAAACUAUCAUUUAAAGAUUCUGUAUCAACCCAGCAAGAACUACAGUUGAACACAGCACGUAGCCGAGUGACCGAGCUUACUGGUAUGCAUGAACAUCUAGAGAAAGAAAACACACAGUUACGUAAAGACAAAUCAUUGCUUGUGGACCAUGUUGCUGACAUACAGAAAAAGCUUGAACUGAAAAAUGAAGAGGUAGUGAACCUGAGGAGUCAAGUUCUCUCACUUGAACAGAGGUUUGGAGAAUUGGAACAGUUUAACUCCCUUGAACAUACGUCACAGAGUCAGAAAUGGGAAGAGUUUGAGAAGUUGGCAGAGAGUAUGCGUACUCUGUCACACACGAUGGCGCACUCUCAGUCUCGUAUGGGCAGUCCUAGAAAUACUUUGUUGAGAUCCUCAACCGGCAUGCCAAUGCAGUUUUAGAUUAAGACAACUAGGUAGCUCAAGUAGGGGGUUUGAAAAAUGAAUUAAAGGUCAUUAGUUGUGAAACAUAUAGGGUUGUAAGGUCAAGGCAGCUACUUACUUACAAAGUACUAAGUAUUUUUCAGCAAGAAAUAAGUUAGCUUCUCAAAGAUGGUAACUUUGAAAGAAAUCGACAUAUCAACUCAUGUUGCAUGAUACUACACAUAACAGUUGUAGUCAGUUUUUGUAGCUAACUAAAUUUUUGUGGAAUCGGAACAUCAUUUUCAUUAUGGCAACAUCUUUCUUUACUCAAUAUUAGCAUGGCAAACAAAAAUGCUAUUUAAAGUUUCUUUCAUUUCACAUAAACCUUUCUACCCUAGAAGUUUUAAUUAUUAAUUUUGCUCAGAAAUUAUAGAUUGGAGGUAUUGCCUGUUUUUGAUGUAUAUGUUCAAAGUGUUUAAUGUACCAGGACAUGUAAUAAGUUUGUUGGUCUUAAUCAGAAUUGAAAACGAAAGUUUAAAAGUUUUGACUUAAUUUUGCAUGUAGUAGAAUAUAAGAAAAACUUUCAAAUGCAAUUGUUUUUGUUGUUGUUAUUGUUAUGUUUAAAGUGGCAUUAUGAUAAAAUAAGGAAACUUUUGUCAAAAAUUUAGAAAGUUGUAAAUGUUAAAAAGUUCCAUGAAUAUUCAACCAAAAUGUUGAUCUCCUGAGAUUUUGGCCUCAUGAUUUGAACACUGGCUUUCUGUCGCGACUGAAUGUAUUAAGAGAAUUUAAUCAGUUUUGGGAGGUUUUGUGAACAUAAGAUAACUCGAAGCAUGUAUUGUUGAAUUUCUAGUUAGUUUUAGAAUUCUGAUUAACAAAGUCAUAUAUAUUGUGAUACUUUUUUUCUAUCUUAUUUAUUUUCUUUUUUUUAUGCAUAUAUGUUAAAGCACAUUGCAAGUAGAUUAUGUCACUGUUUGUUUUAUUUAUUAUUAUUGUUUACCUCAGUUACUUAGAAUGAUGAUAGUUUUUUAGUUUGAAAAAUGUUUUUUAGUCUUAGAAUUAAAUUUUUUAUUUACCUUAUAUGUGGCAUUUUAUGUGUGUGCAUUAAUGCAUUAUUUCAUGCCAUAUUGUUUCAAUCUAGGAAAACAGUAUAUUCCUUGUUGUAGCUAAUGUUUAUCCUCUACAUUUGGGAUGAUUUUAUUUUCCUCCUUAAGAAUUAUUUUAAUGUGGUAAUGUAUAAAUGUUGACAUACUAUUUUGAGGAAUGUUGUUAUAAAAACUAUAGACACGCACAAUGGAAUAACUAGUUAAAAUAUUUUGAAAGCUUUUAACUAUUUCAAAAGUUUUAUGAAUCAUUAUGAUACCAUUCCUGAGUAUUUUGCUCUCAAAUUAUUUAGUUAUUCAGGACAAUUUUGUAUAUCUCUAAUGACAAAUAUAGGCUUAACUGAAGAUGUUUCUAGUUUUAUCUGUGGUUGAGAAGGUUUUGAAGAUUUACUGGUAACUAGAGUUUUAAAUGUUUUGUUAAGUUAUUGUUCAAAUUUUAUUUGCAUGUCUGUAACUUUAAAAUGGGAUCCGUCAUAUAAAUGUAUAUUGCAGAGUCUGUUUCAUGUUGAUGAAGACUAGAGGAAAUACAUGUAUAUGAAAUACACAAGCAUGUAUGGGAGUCCAAGUAAUACCUGUACUGGCUGGUAUAAAAUGUUUUGAUUUUAAUGUAUUGAAGUAUUAGCAUGUUUUGAAGCAGAGUUUAGUAUAAUUGAUUCUUUUUCAUGUAAAAUGUCACUUCCAAACCUUUUUGGCCUUAGAAUAUUACUCUAGUUAAAGUCAACAUUAAAGAAAUACAUGCAUGAAUAAUUUCUUAAAUUUGUCCAUUUCAUUAUUCUAUAAAUUCAUUGUAAAUGAAGAUCACUUUACUUUGUCUUAGGUUCAUAAAUAUAUAAAAUGAUACUGACAUGUAGGGGAAUUUAUACGGUAGUUAUAUAGAAAACAAAGUUUUGACCUAGCAUAUAGAUAAUCUUGCCAGUAACAAUAUUAGUUAGAGGGUGAUGUGUAACUAGUUAAUGUACCAGUGCUUUUCAGUUGUGUAUUUCUCACUCAAAUUCUGUGAUAAUUAUUAUCAAUAUUUAUGUAAAAAUAAAGAAUAUACUAUUUCUAAAA